AUAUGGGAACUAUCUUUAUUCUCACGGCCCAUAAAGAUUGAGAAUAAGCAGUAGAAGAAAUUGCGAGAGCUUCAAAGAAAGUGAGGAAGUAUACUGAAGGAUGGGAUAUUCAGUGAGAGAACAAGUGUGGUGGGUGGUGGCGAUUAUUAUAUUAUUGGGGCUUAAAGAUGGUAGUAAGGCGUGUUUGGAAGAAGAGAGAGAAGCUCUUCUCAAACUGAAAGAAGCUUUCAAUCAUCCAAACGGCUCGUCUCUUCCUUCUUGGAAUAACCUUAACAGCUCUGGUUGUUGUAGCUGGGAGGGAAUCAGCUGUGACAACUCCACUCAGAGAGUGAUAAGCCUUCUUCUGAACUAUACAAGAGCUCAAGAGUUUGAAGACAUCAACUGGUCAUUGAAUGCUUCUUAUUUUCUCCCUUUCCGCCAACUUCAAACUUUGGAUUUGUCUGGAAAUUUCUUGUCAGGGCUACUUGGAGAAAUUAGAUUGGACAACUUGCAAACUUUGUAUCUGGAAGACAACAAGCUCACAGAAGUCCCGUUCCUUGGUGUUUCUCAUUCAGACAAUUCGAAGACUUUAGAGGGUAGUCUUCAACAAUCUAAUGCGUCUCUUACAUCUCUAGCCUCCUUGCGGACGUUGUCCUUUUAUAAAAAUAGCCUGGAAGGCUCCCUACCACAACAAGGUGGCUUGUGCAAGCUGAAGAAUCUAAAAGUAUUGUCUCUCGGCCGCAACAAGUUUGAGGGUCACCUUCCUUCAUGCCUCAAUAAUUUGACAUCUCUUCGGGUGCUUGACCUUCAAUACAAUGGUUUUGAAGGACCCUUCCCUUCCUCACUCUUUCAUUCUCUAAAGUCCCUCAGAUUCAUUUCUUUAGAAGAAACCUAUUUCACUGGCAUAGCAUCGCUUUCUUUGUUUGCCAACCACUCCAACCUUCAACUCUUCUCGAUCUCGUGUUCUAAUAACCCCAAUCUCAAGCUUGAAACUGAAAAUCCUCCAUUCAUCCCUUCCUUUCAAUUACUGAUUUUUAAUGUCAUCCAAUGCACUAUGAAUGAAGGAAGAAACAACAGAAGUAGCAUACCCUCUUUUCUUCUUCAUCAAUAUGACUUGAGAGUUCUACAGCUUGGCUAUUUGAACAUUUCAGGAAGUUUCCCGAACUGGCUUUUGAAGAACAACACAAAAUUAGUUUCUUUUAAGGUUGGCCACAACUUCUUGACUGGUCCUUUUGAGCUUAACUCCACCUUAAGAUUUAUGGAUAUGCAAUACUUUGAUGCUUCCUCUAACCCCAUUAAUGAUGAAAUCCCUCCUCAUGUUGGAUCUAUUUUUCCCAACUUGCUUUCUUUGAACAUGUCUUCAAGUUCAUUACAAGGUGGAUUUCCAGCUUCACUGGGUGACAUGAAGCAAUUGAACUCACUUGACUUGUCCAAUAACAAUUUGUCUGGCUAUUUGCCCCAAGAAUUUGGUAAGGGCAUCAAUGACUUGAGGAUUUUAAAGUUGUCAAACAACAACUUAAUUGGCCCAUGUUUACCAGUUGGUUCAAAUUUCACCCAUUUGUUGAUUGUGGAUCUAAGCAGCAACAACUUCACAGGAAAAGUACGAGAAGGGAUGAUUAACAGUUUGGAAUUAAGAAUGCUGGAUUUAAGUACAAACCAACUAUAUGGUGAAAUUCCUAGCUGGAUUGGAAACUUCAAGCAUUUGGGUUACCUCAUUUUGUCACAAAAUUCUAUGGCAGGUCCAAUACCAAAAAGCUUUUGUAAUUUAGCCGAGCUUACAUAUCUAGACCUUUCACAAAACAAAAUCAAUGGCACUUUGCCAAAUUGUCUAAAUAUGCCAUCACUGAGGUACUUGCAUUUACGGAGCAAUCAUUUUAUGGGAUCCAUACCUUCUGUCUUGGCCAAAUCAUCCUUGCUGUUAACUUUGGAUUUGACAAAGAAUAAAUUUUCAAGUCAAAUUCCAAGGUGGUUUGAGUCAAUGUUGAAUUUAAGGGUCCUCCUCCUAAAGGAUAACAAACUUGAAGGAUCCAUUCCUAUGGAAAUGUGUAAGCUCAAGAACAUAAGUAUACUAGAUCUUUCACAAAAUAAGCUUUCUGGAGGGAUACCACAUUGCUUAAAUAACAUCACAUUUACAAAGAAGGAUCAUAUGGAUGGAACCUUAUUAGGAAAAUUUUUUGUCCCUUGGACAACAAGAGGCCCGGUAUUUUACUUUAAUUACACAAGCGGUGAUCUUGUUCAUGAUGAAUAUGAAAGAAAUUCUACAUUGUAUGAGCAACAAGAAGUGAACUUCAUGUCCAAAAACAGGUAUGAAUCAUAUGAAGGAAAAAUAUUAGAUUUUAUGUCCGGCCUAGAUCUCUCAAAUAAUCAAUUGACAGGUGAAAUCCCUUUAGAAAUUGGAUACUUGAACAAUAUUCAUACAUUAAAUAUGUCAGACAAUUAUUUGACUGGGCCAAUUCCAGAAACAUUUUCUGGCCUUAUGCAAAUUGAGAGUUUAGAUCUUUCAUACAACAACUUGACAGGCCAUAUUCCUUUCCAACUUACACAAUUGUACUCUUUGUCUGUAUUCUCUGUGGCUCACAAUAAUCUAUCCGGGAAGACACCUGACAUGAAGAAUCAAUUUUCAACUUUUGAUCCAAGUUGUUAUGAAGGGAAUCCUUUUCUUUGUGGUCCUCCUCUACAACAAAAGUGUUCAUCUAUUGAUAAUCCAUCAGGGAGAAACAUACAACCACAUCAUUCAGAGGAAGUGGGCUUCCAAGAUGCCUUCUUAUGGACCUUUUCAGGAGCAUUUGUAGUUUUCUUUCUAGGUGUCAUUACCUGCUUGUAUUUCAACUCCUACUUUUAUAGUUACAAGUAAAUUGGAAGAGAAUUGUGUUAGUAUUUCUAGUGUUGAUUAUUUCAAACCUUAAAGAGGGUUUUGCAGAGUUUGAAGAGCAUAUUUUACAAGAGUUGACAUGAAGAAAAGACUCAAGCCUAUGUUUAUUAUCAUUAUAAUUAGAAUCUUCCUUUUGUAAAUGAUUAGAGCUUUGUUACUCAAGUUUGAAUGCUCAAGUGAGUUUGUACUCCUUUAAUACUGUAUACCAUGACUUGAAAAA